AAGAGGUUCCUGUCCCCUCCUCACUGCCCCACACCAGCAGAUCACCAGCACAGGGACCUCACACCAUGUCUGACACAACAGCACCAGCAGAACCCACCCCACCCCCUGCGCUGCCCGAGCCCUCUCCUCCAGCAGCUCCAGCAGCAGCAGCUCCAGCAGCAGCUCCAGCAGCUCCAGCACAACCCGAGGCUCCCAAACCAGACGUGCCGAGUGCUCCUUUGGACCUGAAGGUGGAGGAUGUGAAGGAAACCUCACUGACCCUUAAGUGGAGCCCACCCCAGAGCAUCGGCCCCUCUGGCCUGGGCGGGUACAUUGUGGAAUACUGCAAAGAAGGGAAGCAAGACUGGAUCGUUGCUAACAAGGAAUUGAUCACAAGGACCUGCUUGAUCAUUAAACAACUUGCUGUCGGGGAUAAGAUCAAUGUCCGUGUUAAAGCUGUGAACGCCUGUGGAGCAAGUGCCCAUGCCACAGUAGGACAGCCUGUCCUCAUCAUGGAGGGAAUUGAUCGCCCAAAGAUCCGUUUGCCACGCAACUUGAGAGGGACCUUCUUUAAGAAAGUCGGAGAGACUGUCAAUUUGGUUAUACCUUUCACGGGCAAACCUAAACCUGUGGUGACCUGGACAAAGAACGGGGAGCCUCUGGAUAAAGCUCAUGUGACUAUCCGCAACAGCUCCACAGAUACCAUCCUGUUCAUCCGCAAGGCUGAGAGGAAAGACUCGGGCAAGUUCAAGAUGACCCUCCAGGUCAGUGACCUGGUGGAUGAAGCUUUAAUUGACAUCCAAAUCAUAGAGCAACCUGGACCUCCUCAGAACCUGAAGUUGCUGGAUGUUUGGGGUUUCAAUGUAGCCCUGGAAUGGCAGCCUCCCAAAGACAACGGCAACGUGGAAAUCAAAGGUUACACCAUCCAGAAAGCCGAAAAGAAAACUGGAGAAUGGUUCACCGUGCUGGAGAAUUGUCACAUGACUACCUGUACCGUCUCGGACCUGAUCAUGGGCAACACGUACACUUUCCGAGUCUUCUCGGAGAACCUUUGUGGACUGAGUGAGGUGGCAGCACAGGCCAAGGGCACUGCCUACAUCGACAAAACAAGUGUUACAUACAAGCCUCCAGAAUACAAAGAGAAGAACUUUGCAGAGGCCCCGAAAUUCACACAGCCUCUGGCGGACAGAUCAGCCACCACAGGCUUCACCACCAAACUCUUUUGCAGCGUGAGGGGGAAUCCUAAGCCUAAGGUCAUUUGGAUGAAGAACCAAAUAAUUCUUGGAGGAGACCCCAAAUACAGAGUUAUGACCAAUGAGGGAAUCUGCACUCUGGAGAUCCGCAAACCCUGCGCCUUUGAUGGUGGUAUCUACACCUGCAAAGCCAUCAAUGACCUCGGGGAAGCAGUGGUGGACUGCAGACUCGAUGUGAAAGCUGUGCAAAUUCCACAAUGAGAAGCUUCCACCAGUAACUAACUCCUGGCUUCAGAUACCUAUCAACCCCAUUCUGGCCAGGCUCCAAUGACUCCAUCCCCAGCAGAUCGACUUCAAGACGCUCAUUCUGGUCUUCAAACCUCUCCACUUCCUACCCAGCCUGCCACUGCUAUCUCAUCCAGCCCCCACCCCGCUCUCUCUCCAACUCCCUCAGCUUCCAAACUCUGGUCUGCUGCACAUCCCUUACCCUCUCAACCCCACCAUCAGCAACUUUCAGCUAUGUUCCUACUCUCUGAUAAUCUCCCAAAUCUCUGCAACUUUCUACUUGGCUUCAAAAUCCUUUGGAAAUACCAACCUCUUUGAAUCACCUUCUCCCCAUCUAGUUCAGUGUCUCAUUCAGCUGCACUGAGCUGUUCACCUAUGUGAAAGGCACAAAUAUGAGUGGAAGGUAUUGUAGUGGAUUACUCCACUUGUAAUGCAUUUUAAUUGUUGCCCUCCUCUUCAUAUUUUACAGAAUAAAAGCAUAAAGUUAGAAAAUAUUUUAGUAACUAAUUAUUAAAUGAUAAAAUGUAACAAUGGAAAUUGGUACAGGGCUGUAGAAUUAAACCUUUUACAUUGUUA